AUGUUUUCACGUCCCCGACGAUACCGCAACUCCAACGUUGAGCUCGCCCACAUUCGCACAGGGGAGCCCUACCAGCCUCGUCCAAAUGUUUAUGCUCCCCAACGUUCAGAAUACAGGCUCAUCUGCAACGGGACUUCCCAGCGGAAGCGGUCCUGCUGGACAACAAAACCUAGAUUGCGCACAUACGUCACAUUUUGGGCAGUCGGCUGUUACGGUAGCUGCGCGCUAAUAAUUGGUAUUCUUUUCUAUUGUCUCAUUCUUCGACCACCCAGAGAAACAUCCUUGCAAUCGUUCCAAGAAAUCUUCUUCAAAGCCCCCGAGGACUCGGGAUAUGGCCCGAAAGAUUAUGUUUCUACAUGGCUCAACAACGCCACGUUCCACGCGACUCCUGCUCACUGUCACUCUCACAAUGACUACUGGCGCCCCGUACCUCUGUUUUCAGCGUUAUCCGUAGGGUGCAUCGGCAUCGAGGCUGAUGUAUGGCUCAAAGAUGGCGAUCUUUUAGUCGGUCAUGAUACACCAUCGCUUUCCCCAACCCGGACUCUGAAGUCUCUGUAUCUCGACCCGCUGGAAGAAAUUCUUGACGCUCAAAACCGUAAGGUCACCGAGAGGAACGCCACAAAACGCGGCGUCUUUUCUCUCCAAGACGAUGCCCAAAUCAUCCUCCUCAUCGACGUCAAGACCGAUGCGAAGGAAACGUGGCCCGUCGUGCUCCGCCAGCUCGAGCCGCUCCGCGAGAAGCAGUAUCUCACAAGCCACAACUCCUCGGCGUCAAGCGACGCCAAAACCCAUCUGGCCGCACCUUUGAUCGUGGUCGGCACUGGGAAUCUAGACAUGGCAACCCUCGUCGCUAAUCACACAGACGCUACAACCACAUACCACGAAUACCACGACACCUUCCUCGACGCACCUCUCAACGACCUCCCCACCACCAAAACAAACUACAACACCACCAACUCUGUCUACGCCAGCGCAUCCUUCAAACAAGCCAUCGGAUCCGUCCGCCUCGGCUUCAGCCGCACCCAGCGCGAAAAGCUCCGCAGCCAGGUCCAGGCGGCGAAGAGCCUCGGCCUGCAGCCGCGGUACUGGGACAUUCCGGACUGGCCGCUCAAGUACCGCGAUUACAUCUGGACCGAGCUGAGGGCGGAGGGCGUCGAGAUUUUGAGUGUGGAUAACGUGAAACAUGUCACAGGCGGCGUGUGGUACGGGGCCUACUUCGCUGACGCGGUUGCCAUGACUGUGAUUUCUCCGGCUACGUUCUUGGUCAUGUCGGUUGUGUUUUGGAGGGCUGUUUGGUACUGGAGGUAUAUGUAG